AUGAUGGAAGCUGUCGCGCAGGAUGGGGACAUGCUGAUGUACGCCUCAAGUACACUCAGGGCCGACAGAGACAGAGAGCUGGUGAUGACUGCACUGAACCGUGGUGGACCUCAAGUUCUUCACCAUGCCUCGGAAGAGCUGAAGCCGCAGCCGCAGGGGUUAGGGGAAGCUCGCCACAGUGUUCAAAGAGCAGGCACGUGCGACGGAUCUUGCACGCCUGCCUUCUGCAGGCAAGCAGAAUUGCCCGCAGCCCCAAGCCUCCAAGCGUGA